AUGCUAUUUGAUGAUAGUGACAAUGAUCAAACUUCAGAGGGUUCAGAAAAUGUUGUGGACUUGAAUUAUGAUACAGAAUGUAAAACCCAGCAAUCAUCAGCAUGUGAUGAUGAUGAACACUGGAGUGAAGACGAGGCAGAAGUACCUGCUGGAAUCACUGACACUAUGUUAACAUCUCCAGAUUUUGUCACUGAUAAUGAACGUCAGCAUAUUUUAAAUGUUGCACCUGGUGAGGGCAAUAGGCCUAUGAGUAUAUUUAGAGAUAAAUACUUAGAGGAAUUGGCAUAUCCUGGUAUAUUUCUUGGACAGAAGCGACCAGACAAUACAAAUAGACUAACCAAAGUGCAUUAUAGUGAAAUUUGUAAAUCUGAAUUAAGACGGUCUGACCGAAGGGCUGCAAUGUGUGUGGAAAAUGUUUUCUUUAAAACAAAGAAAUUGCAAAUGAAAAUUAUGCUUGGUUGGGUUGAAUAUCAACAAAGAGGAUCACCUCAUAUUCACAUGUUAAUAUGGCUAGAAAAUGCUCCUACAUUCGGGGAAGAUUCUGAUUGUGAUGUUGUUUCAUUCAUUGAUACGAUAAUCACAUGUGAAAAGCCAACUGAGAAUCCAGAUUUACUUGCACUUGUAAACAGGCAAGUUCAUCGCCAUUCUCACACAUGUCGAAAGAAAUCCAAAAGUGUGUGUCGUUUUAAUUACCCACAGCCACCUAUGAGAUCAACCAAAAUUCUAUAUCCAUUAGAUAUUGAUAUGGAUGAUAAUGAAGUUGAUCAACAUAAAGAUGCUUGGAAAUUUAUAAAGAAACAUCUGAAUGAUAUGAAAGAGGGUGAGGACAUUACAUUUGACCAGUUGCUUGUAAAUCUUAAACUGACAGAACAAAACUAUUUGCUAGCUGUUCAAUCUAGUCUCAAGACACCAACUAUAUUCUUAAAAAGGAAACCGAACGAACUAAGGAUCAAUAAUUAUAAUGCUACAUGUCUCAGUGCAUGGCGUGCAAAUAUGGAUAUUCAGUUUGUACUAGAUGUAUAUGCAUGUGCAAUAUACAUUGUAUCGUAUAUAUCCAAGGCUCAAAAAGGCAUGAGUGAGCUAUUGAGAACAGCUUGUGAAGAAGCAAAAAGGGGAAACUCCAGUAUUAAACAACAAGUGAGAGAUAUUGGAAAUUUAAACAAUGUUGAAAUAAGUGCACAAGAAGCAGUCUAUAUAGUACUUCAACUUCCAGUGAGGAAAUCUUCUUGUCAAGUAGUAUUUAUAAAUACUUCACCCCCUGAGGAUAGAGUUCAGUUACUAAAACCACUGCAAGAAAUUAAUGAUUUGGAAGAUGAUUCUGAUGAAAUUUAUGCAUCUGGUCUAAUAAAGCGUUACACAAAACGACCAGCCAAACUUGAAAAUGUGUCCCUUGCAGAUUGGGCUGCAUGGUACGACUCCACUGGUAAGCCAUAUAUCAAACCAUCACGUGAAUUAGAUAUUGAUAAUUAUCCACUUGAGACAAACUUGAGUGAUAAUGAUGAUAAUAAUGAGGAAGAAGAAAGCGAACGAAAGAAUAAAAAAAGAUCUAAAGCCAGAAUUAUUCGAAGUGUCUGUUUUAACAAGGAAGUUGAUUCUGAAAAGCAUUACCGUGAACUAAUCAUGUUAUUCACUUCAUGGAGGGAUGAAAUAACGGAUUUAUUAGGAAAUUGUGCUUCUUACCAAGAACACUAUUUUCAAGUUAAAAAUACAAUAGAUGAGCAAAUGAAAUGCUAUGCUAUGUGCAGUGAAGACCUGAAUUCGAAUGCGAUUCAAGACCAGCUUAAUAAUGUGGAAGAUAGUGAUGAAAACUAUGACCUGAUUGCCCCAGGAACACAAAACAUUGAGCGUCAAGAUGAAGAUGAAGGUGCACAAGACCUUCAUCCAGAAUUCAAUGAAACCUAUGACCUAUCUGGUGAUCUUGGAAUUCCUUCAGCUGCAUCUAAUAGUGAGCAGCUGAUAUUACAUGAAGAACAGGAUGAUGUUUAUAGAGGAAUGGUACAAAAAUUAAACAGAGAACAAAAAGAAUUUUUCUUCCAUGUUUUGCAUCUUAUUAAAACUUCUGACAAUCCAUUCUACUGUUUUCUUAGUGGAGGGGCUGGAGUUGGCAAGUCACAUCUCACUAAGUGUCUUUAUCAAGCAGCAUUAAAGUAUUAUAAUACUAGAGCAGGUGAUGAUGAAGGAAAACAUGCUAAGGAUGAUAUUUUGAAACUAAAAGAAAGAUUAAUAAAAGAAAAUAGCAUCCAAGAUCCCAUGGAUGUGCCUCACUUGUUCAUACAAAAUAAGAAGGUAAAUGAAUUCAAUGAAAGAGUGCAUAAUGCAGCAACUGGUGAAAAGUUUUCAAUCAAAGCAAUAGACAGUGUUAUUGGAGCGAACUCAGCUCAACUUCGAGAUAAAAUUUUCAGUCAAAUACCAAAUGAUCCUAGGAAAACUAAGCAAAUUGCUUCAAACCUUCUAUUGUCAGUGGGGAAAAGAACUGAGAUAGCAUUGGAUGUACGUAUUGAUGAUGGCAUGACUAAUGGUGCUGGUAAUGUUGUUAAAAAGAUACAAUUGAAUCAAAUAGAUAAACCUUCCGGUAUAAUAUGGGUCCAAUUUGACCAUUCAGAUGUUGGAGAGAAAACCAGACAUGAAAAUAGACAUCUUUAUGUCCAAGGUAUUGAGUCCACAUGGACUCCAAUAAAGCCAAUCACAACUCAGUUUGCUGUGGGUAGAAAUCAAACUGCACAAGUUGUUAGAAAACAGUUUCCAUUUAGACCCGCUGCAGCUAAGACAAUUCACCGUUCACAAGGUGACAAGGUAAAUUUCAACACUAGAAGAUCAAUACCACAUAUACAUUAUGUUGGUUUGAGCAGGGUAACAGCAAUUGAAGGUUUAUUUAUCACUGACUUAUGUGAAGAUAAAAUAGCUGUCAAUCCUCAUGUAGCAGCUGAAAUGGAACAUUUGAGAAAUGAACGUGUACUAAAACUAAAUGUCACUCCUAUUUAUAAGACAGACCAUGUCUCAUUCAAACUGUGCUAUCUAAAUGCACGGUCGUUGCAUAAACACAUUGAUGAUAUUCGGCAUGAUUUUAAUUUUGCUAAUACAGACAUCAAUAUUUUUUCUGAAACUCGAUGUAUGCGCUCGGAUAAUGCCAGUAUGUAUGAUAUUGAUGGUUACACCUUGUUCAGAAAUGAUAGUCACUCUUUGAUUACCAGACCCUUUGGUGGCAUGGCAGUGUUUAGCAGAGUUGAAUUCUUACCUGGAUAUCCAUGUUGUUAUAAUAUCAAUGGCAUUGAAAUAACCAUUAUGAAAGCAAUGAUUCUUCCACAUGUUACUAUAAUUGGUAUAUAUAGAUCACCCAGAAUUCCAGUACAAUAA